AUGGCACCACUUCCUGAAUUGCCUCAGCCAACAACACGCUUCUCCAUACAUGAUCUCGAGGACGAAGAGUUCUUCAGCGCACCACAGACCCGUCAUACCAGCAUUGACCCAGUCAAGGCCACGCUGCAGAAUCCAGAUCAUGCAAAACCGCAUCAUGAGCCUUUGGUCCCGGUUUGCGAAGUUAGCCAUCCGCUCGCAGACACAACUGGCACAGCUUCGGCGGACAGCUGGCGACAGAGGUUCACCACCCCUUGGAGUCACAAACAUGAGUCUGCCCACGACCAUCUUCCCUUCAAAGUCCUUCGGCGACUACUCAAGGGAGAUCGAGCCCGCAGAGACUCCGCCCACGACACGAUAGAUCCCCUCGGUCAGACUCAGUUUGAAGGGGCCUCCUUCCUAGACGUGACAUGCCCUUUACACCAAGUCCCGCACGCGCCCUCGUCCAAUAGCGCGGAAACGACCUCGGCCGCGGGUACUCAGCCGGAGAAGUCAUUCCGAAAGGACCAAGCGGUCGGCACAAUGACUAGCAGCCCUUCUGCAAUAGAAUACACAGAUGACGAGAAUGCCGAAGUCAUUGUCGAACGAAUCCGAGACUACCUCGCCACUCGCCGGUACCCAUACACUACCAUGAUGGGUGAUGCGUGUUUAAGGAACGAGAACACUCCGCCCAAAGACACUAGAAGUGGCCCUUGGGGCGACCAGCGCGAGUUGUACUUGGUCAAUGUUACCGACGUUGCAAUAAUAUUAGAGAUUGUCAUUACAGGAAUGAGCAAUCUGAGCAAUGCCAAAAAUGGGCUUGCCUUUGGCAAAAGGCUAAGGGGUUGUGAUUCUGGACCUUCGGCCGGGCCACUGGCUCUGCUAUUUGGUCAGCGUCGAGUGGAACGUGGAGAGCAAGGUGGACCAAGUUUCACGACUGUUGGUGCCACAAAUGAGGGUCCCGAGGAGGAGGCGGAUCUCACAAGUGAGCGGCAGCAUCAAGUUGCGACAGGAUCCAAAGUGCUGAAUGUGCUGAGGCGCUACAGCUUCCUGCCAAUGAUCGACCAGACGCCCGAGAGUCUCCGUCAAGCAGCGCUUGCUCCUAAGAACUCGGACCAAGUGCCCAUGCGAAGCCAUGGAUCAGACCGGCCUUCAAGUCAAGAUCUGCUUCAGGAGAUUCUCGACAAUGCAUUUCAGUCGCUCAAAGCGCAGAAUAGGGUCUGCAGAAAGCACCAGGGUUGA